AUGCGUUCGGUAUCCAAAGCCCUUUUGCUGCCAUGCUGCUUGGCACAGCUUGUGGUCCCAGCUUUGGCAGCAGACAUCGUCGCAGAGGUCAACAAUCUGCUCAUCCUCGUUUUGAUAGCCCUUGGGUUGUACAUUGCCUACAUAUACAGAGACCGUGUAAUCACACUGUUUUCAGGGGACGACCGAUUGCAUGUAGACUUGAACUCAGCAAUUUGGCAAGUGAUGACAUGCUGCCGUUUCUGUGAGUGUGAGUGGACCCGACAACUGACGUCUUCAUGCUGCUGGCCUUUCAAGCGGUCGAGAGGCCAAAAUUUGUUACACAUGCUGGGCCAGCGCAUGGGUGUUGUUCAGAUUCCUAUUGAACUCACAAACAUCAUUGUCGGGGAUCUUCCGGCAAUCCGAUCUGGCGAUUACUACUUGACAGUUGAAACGAGUAGCAAUCCUCCUCAAAUAACGGCAGUGAAGGAGAAUUGUGACCCGAAGGUGAUCUCUUUUCCCGAUUCGCUCAUUAUCAAGGUGAGAAAUUCGGGAUUGGACUACAACGUGCGAUUUUGUGUGAAGAAAAUGCAUGCGGUUGGAAGUGUGGACAUAUGCGAGUGUUACAUAAGCCCCAAAAUGUUGUUGUAUUGGGAAGAGCAUGAACAAGGCCCAGUGCGGAUUCGCAUGGAACCAUGCAGAAGAGACUACAAUUUUACCCUUCCCGCAUGGAUUCUGAUGGAAUUGAAAGAGCACGAUUUGCCUAGCCGUGGCAUCGACUCGUUCGACAUCACGGUCCGAGACGCCAGGACUGGCAACCACAUCCCAUAUGAAACUCCAGAAGUUUUCAAAUCAAACUAUGAACUGCUUGAUGUGACGGGCUUCCGUUCACAAGAGCCGGAUGAGCUCAAGGUGGGAAGCAUCGACGCUGCACAUCGUGUGAAGGCCUUGUGCUUAGGUCAGCUCUUUACAAUUCUGUUGUUGGGGUCAGGGAUGUUUUUGACCUCGCGGCUGUAUUGUUUGUCUUGCUUCCAACGCUACUCCGAGAUUGCGGUAUUGAACAACUUCGGCGUGCUGUUCCCAGUCUUCCAGCAUGACAAGGUUUUCUACCGUGAACGCUGUCGCCUGAACAACAAUGUGUUCGUGGAUUUGGUUGAGGAUGACGUGCUAAAUGGGAUCCACAAGUUGCAUGGGACCAAGGUGGACCCAAAUUGCACUGUGACCCGCAAGGAAGUUCUGCAAACUUGUGAUGACCUUCCGAUUGGUGCAAAUCACCCGAGCAUUCACAUCCCCUUGGGUUUUUACGACGUGUACAUUCCGUGUGUACGGCAAGCAUGUCUUGGUGAUGAGCUUCUCCGGCAUUGGGGCGUGGCCCAUUCUGUGUUCGUCGUCUGCAUGAUGCUGCUCAUAAUUUGCACAUGGAUGCUCUCCAACUGGUACAUCAAGAAUGUGCAGGCCCAGGUCCUCAGAGAGUCCCGUGGCAUGGCAUACUCUCAGGUAUCCCAGGAUGGGCCCAGCUUGGCAGGGCCUUAG